AUGUGGCGUGCGCUACAGCUGCUGCUGUUGCUGCUGCUCAGCUUAGUUAGCUGCGAUUCCAGUCUUGUACAAAUACUGCAACGUUGCUACAAGCAGCAGCGUUUCGAGACAUUGUUGCUGCUAACACAUUCACAAGCGCUGCAGUGCAGCCAAAUGGAACAACUGGCCAUGGAGUGGCCAAUGCUGAGGCUUACAGAGCAGUCGCAUUUUAAUUUGCGCAGCAGGCACAGUCAAGAAAUGCUGGCGCUAGUUUGUCUAACUGGGCAGCAGGCACUGGACAUGCAGCUCUGGCAGGCUCUGGAUCAGCAGCUGUUGAAUAUGCGGCAGGUAAGACUGCUGCUGUUGUUGCAGGACACCAAUCAGUUGAACACAGCGCAUUUGUUAGGCCAUAUAUCGCAAAUGGCGACACAGCUCAAGUUUCUGCAUUUGGUUUUAAGUCUGCCAGCGCAUCAAUUGUAUCAACUGCAGCCAUUUGCAGCCGAGAGCUGGCAGUUGUUGCCACCUGGCUCAAGCUUGUUCAAACAGAUUAAGAACUAUCAGCGUGUUAAGCUGGUUACUUUGCCGGAUCAGCGCGCUGCCGAGUCGUUGGUGUACAAGGACGUGCGCACAGGAAAGCUGCGCCUGACGGGGCGCGUGUCCAAACUGAUUGAGGAACUUGCGCUGCUUUACAACAUAACAUUGGAAUGGCCUUGGCCACUGCAAAUGGGCAAGCACUACUCCGUCAUACAUAUGCGCAACAUGACCCUCAAUGGCAUCCUGGAUCUGCCCAUGUGCAUGUGCGGCUUUGAGAGAGUCAGCGCAGAGGGCGUCUUUAGCUACCCCUAUGCACUGCACAAAUGGUUUGUGGUGCUGCCCUGCCCACGAAGCAUGCCCGUUGCAGAUAUCUAUCUGCUGCUGUUCAAUCACAAAUGGUGGCUCGCACUCGGCAUCUCUUAUAGCGUUUUUACGCUACUGGACGCCUGCCUUGGGUUUUUGCUGCAGCGCAGACAGUUCAGCUGGACUUACGUGCUGUUUAACGAACGCAUCUUCUCGGCCAUGCUGGGACAGCCUAACAGCAUGCGUGCCCGCUUCAGCUGCAGCGCACGCCUGGCCAAUCUGCAGCUGUUUGUGCUUGGAGUCAUGGUGAGCACAAUUUUCGGCGCGCAUCUGCAAACGCUGCUGACCAAACGGCCCACGCUGCCGGCCAUUAACAACUUUACGCUGCUGCGUGACUCGCACAUGAGCAUCUACUUCGAUCAGAGUGAGCGCUUCUAUCUCAACAAAUUUCCCAAAACCUCACGCAUCGAUCCUAUAAAGCCCAAAAUACAAUAUUUAAGCACCGAAGAGUAUUAUGCGCGUCGUCGUUAUAUCAACGGCACAGAGGCUUUCUCUAUAGACGAUGCAGAUUGGUAUGUGGUGGCCAAGCAGCAGGAAUUGUUUGAAAAGCCCGUUGCCUGCCGCUAUCCGGAUUUGGUAUUUGGUCUUCAUUUGUUGAUGUCACUGCCCAUGCAGACGAAUUCCAUAUUUGAGGAGCCGCUUAAUCGUAUGAUUCACAAUGUGCUCGGCUCGGGUCUGCAGGAUGUCUGGCUGCAACAGUCGCUGCGUCAGCUAAAUGCACUAGGUCAAGGCAAUCAAAUGUACCCACCUGACCAGAAGAGCUUCAAGCAGUCGAGCGUUGCGGAUCUGGUCUACAUUUGGUUAGUCUUGGCUGCCGGCUUGCUGCUGGCUCUUUGUGCUCUGCUAGUAGAACUUGCUGCAGCAAAAUACAAAGCACUAAUGUUUAAAUAA